AAGUAGAGAAGCCCAUUACUUGAAAGUUGAAACUCACUGCCAAUAUGUAGAGUAAUGCUUGGUGUAAAAGGUCCGUCGUCACUUUCUUCUUGUUUCCUACCCUAAACAUAAACAGUUCUGCUAGGUUGGUCUCGAUCUUCAACGAUGGAAGGAGGAGGCAAUUUAGACGCUCAAAUAGAGCAAUUGCUCAACCUAGAGAAGCAGAUGAGGCUCUCCGGCGACGUGGCCGGAACCAAGAAGGCCGCCACUGACAUUCUUGAGCUCUGCUUCAAAGCUGCUGCUUGGAAGACCCUCAAUGACCAGAUCCUUGUCUUGUCCAAACGCCGUGGUCAGCUCAAGCAGGCUGUAACUGCAAUGGUCCAGCAAGCAAUGCAAUACAUUGAUCAGACACCAGAUCUUGAAACUCGUAUUGAGCUUAUUAAAACACUAAAUAAUGUUUCUGCUGGAAAGAUAUAUGUUGAAAUUGAGAGAGCUCGGUUGAUCAAAAGACUUGCAAAGAUUAAGGAAGAGCAAGGCCUUAUUGCUGAAGCUGCUGAUCUGAUGCAAGAAAUUGCGGUGGAAACUUUUGGUGCUAUGGCAAAAACUGAGAAGAUUGCAUUCAUUCUUGAACAAGUACGUCUGUGCUUGGACCGACAAGACUAUGUUCGUGCUCAGAUACUAUCAAGGAAAAUUAGUCCAAGAGUUUUUGAUAUUGAUGCUUCAAAAGAAAAGAAAAAGCCUAAAGAAGGUGACGGUAUUGUUGAAGAAGCUCCAGCUGAUAUACCAUCGCUGCUAGAGUUGAAAAGGAUCUACUACGAAUUAAUGAUAAGGUAUUAUUCUCAUAACAAUGAUUACCUUGAGAUUAGCCGUUGCUAUAAGGCGAUAUACGAGAUUCCUUCUGUUAGAGAGAAUCCAGCCCAGUGGAUACCGGUCUUGAGGAAAAUAUGUUGGUACUUGGUUCUGUCUCCAUACGAUCCAAUGCAGUCCAGCCUUCUCAAUUCCACCUUGGAAGAUAAGAAUCUUUCUGAAAUCCCUUAUUUUAGGUUGCUGUUGAAACAGGUGGUAACUAUGGAGGUCAUACAAUGGACAACUCUUUGGAAUACAUACAAGGCUGAGUUUGAGAAUGAGAAGAGCAUGCUAGGAGGCUCUUUGGGUGACAAAGCAGCUGAAGAUCUAAAGCAGAGAAUAAUUGAACAUAACAUUCUUGUUGUUUCAAAGUACUACUCAAGGAUUACGUUGAAGAGACUUGCAGAGCUACUGUGUCUGAGUAUCCAGGAAGCUGAGAAGCAUCUCUCGGAUAUGGUUGUGUCCAAGGCACUGGUGGCCAAGAUUGACAGACCAAUAGGAAUAGUCUGUUUCCAAACUUCAAAGGAUAGCAACAAUGUUCUUAAUUCGUGGGCUAUGAACUUGGAGAAACUACUUGAUCUUGUUGAGAAAAGCUGCCAUCAGAUACACAAAGAAACCAUGGUUCACAAGGCUGCUCUGAAGGCUUAAAGAUUUAAGGCAGGAAUUGUUCCGCGGACUGAGUUUUCAAUUCAAGCAUUUGGAUUAAAUAUGAAGGGUCGAUCAAGCACGUCCCAAAUUAUUUGUUUCGCUAGAUAUGGCUCUUGGAACUAAAAGACUGCUGUGUACUACUGGCACAUAACUUGCCAAUUUAGUGUUUCACUUGUUUAUCAUGUUCUUUGGCCUCAUUCUAGAUAACAUGGUUCCCGCCUUUUGUCUUCA